AGGCAGACAGCCACCAGAGGUGUGAGCGGUGUGAGUGCGCCCUUACUAAAUCAGUAGCUUUGCGCCUGUUUGCGCCGGUUAAAUUCUUUCUGCUAUAAAUGUUUUGAAUGUUUGAUUGCAUGUACAAUAUAUGUAAAUAAGGACAUUUGUUAAAAGAAGAUAUGUGGCCUGAUCCAACAGAUACAUCAUUGAGAAAACCACGUCGGUUGAAAGGAACUCCUGCGAACAGAUAUUUUUCUAAAAUUGUCCUUGGGACCCUUGUAUUUGGAUAUCUCUAUUCGUAUUUGUUGAGUAAAAAACCAUCUACGCUACAAAAAAUAGAAGCUAGAGAAGAAAGUUUAAAUGCUAGUUCUGAUACUGCUUUGGCUGAGUCAAUUUUAAAAAAUGCACCUCGUUUGAGAAAGCAAAUGGAAGAGCAAAAAGGAACAUCAUUUUAUUAAUAAAAAUAUUUAAUAUGCUUUCAAAGAAAUAUAAAAAGAAUUCUAUAACAACAUCUAACGAUGAAAUAAAACCAAAUCCAAAGAAACGAAGAAUUAAACAACCGAAAUCCAACUAUGGCACUGAAAUGGAACUUGCUCUUGCUAUAUCAAAAUCUUUGCAUGAUGCUGAACAAGAAGAAAAAUUUGAAUUAGGUUUAAUUUCACCAUCAGAACUAUUGUCAACAGUGUCAUCAAAAAUUGAAAAAAAUUCUUCCAGCCAUUGGUUCAAUAAAAAUAAAGCAACUAAUGAUGCAGUUGUCACAAAAUUUAAAAGAAAUGCAUUAAAAAUAAAAACAGCCUUACAAACCUCAACUAUAGAUAUAAGAGACAGAGUUUUAACAACAAACAUUUCGAAAAUACUAAUUCAAAAUGACGGCUGUGAAAAUGAAAAUUGUUUAACAAAGAAUUUAGAUGCAAUAAAGUUGGUCAAUGUACUCUGGAAUCACACAACGUAUUAUAACGAGCGUACAGAAAACUUUUCUUUUAUAAACAAAUUGAUUUAUCCAAAAAAUAAAUUACAUGAAACAUUAUCAAAAGAAAAUUCAACCAAUAACAUUUGUUUGAAGAAAAAUCCACUUGAAAAUGAAAGUGAAACAGAAUUUGAUGAAAUUAAUACAAAAUUAUGGGAGAAGGAAAUAAAUGAUGAUGGCAAUUUAAAAAUUUUAAUGAAUUUAAUAAGCUUAUGUCCAAUAAAUGAAGAAAUUCAUGAUAAUCUUAAAGGAAUCGAGUUCAUUCAAGAAGAAAGUCGAGAGUCCAAUUCAUUGGAGUUAGAAUUAAAUGAAAAUCAACAAACAGAUAAUAAUUUUAAUACAGAAGAUAUUAUAAAUAUUGAAGAUGAUACCGAUAGGUCAUCUAACGAUUCAAAUAUUGACAUUUGUGAGAAAAAAGAUAAUUUUAUUAGAAAUGAUAUUAUUAACAGAGAAGAAAGUUCCGACAGUUCAUCCAUGGAUUUCGAUUUUUUUAUUUGCGACAAAAAAAAUAAUUCGAGUUCACCCAGAGAUUUAAAAAGCAAGGAGAACAGUAAUUUUGAUGUAGAUGAAAUUAUAAAUCUUGACGAAGACAACGAUAAUUCAUCUUUCGACCUAGAUAAUGCGUUUUGUGAUAAAAAAUAUAAUAUUGAAAAAAAUAACAUAACAUCAUUUACAGAUUUUAAUAAUACGCACAAUGUGGAAAAAACUAAUUUAAACGAAGAUAAAAUUGAAAAUCAUUACGACAGUUCUUCCAUGGAUUUAGAUAUUUCGUAUGGCGAGAAAGACAAGAAUUUAAAAAAGAAUGAAAUUAUAAAUCUCGAAGCUAAUUCUGACAGUUCAUCAAUGGAAUUUGAUCUUUCAUUUUGUGAGAAAGGAAAUAAUUUAAAUGAAAAUAAAAUUGUGAAUCGUGACAGUUCAUCUGAUGAUUUAAACAUUGCGAUUUGUGAGAAGACUGAUAAUUGUAGCGCAAAUGAAAUUGUAAAUAUUGAAGAAGAUAGCAGUCGUUCUUCUUUCUGUUUUGAUAAUAUGAUUUUGGAUAAAGAAUAUCAAGUUAAUUUAAAUAAAGAUGAAGUUAUAAAUAUUGAAAGCAAUUGCGAUAGUUCAUCUAUGGAUUUAGAUAUUUCGUGUUGUGGGAAAGAAAAUAAUUUUAUUAAAAAUGAGAUCAGGAAUGUUGAUAAUGACAUUUCGUUUGUGGAAUAUUUCAGCAAGAACAAUGAUUCUCAAGAUUCCAAUAAGGUUAUUAAACAAAAAUUAAAACCUUUAGUAACCCAGGAGUUGGAAGCAAACUUUAGUAAAAGCAGUGAAGAAAGAGAUUGCAAUAAUUCCCAGUCAAAUACGUCAAAAAUAAAUUCUACUAAAUUAGCUAAGAAAACUUCAUCUUCUGAAAAAAACAAACCAAAGAAUAAUUCUCAGAAGUGUGAUGAAGUAAAUAGAAGUGGUGUCAGUUUACAGAAAACAAAAACUAUUAAUAACUUCUUUCAAAAUAAUAAUGAAAUAUUAACAAAAAUUUUGAAAUAUCAACCUAUAAGUUUAAAUUGUUUGAAAGAACAAUUAAGAAAAGAAAAAAUUAAGUAUAAAAAAGAUGAACUAUUAAAAUAUCUUGAUGAACAAGGAGUUACAGUUUGCAUGGAGUCAUAACGGGAUAAAAAAAUCGUAACUUAAUUUUAUUACUUUUCAAGAACUACCAAGUUUCUAUUCAGAAAUUAGAAUAGAAUUUGUAGUAAGUCGUGGUAAUAAACUGAGAAUAUUUUUAAAGAAAGAAAUAAAUAUUAUUUAGAACAGAAAUUAAAAAAA